GCAUCGGUUGCGCGCGCGCUCCCUCCUCUCGGAGAGAGGGCUGUGGUAAAACCCGUCCGGAAAAUGGCCGCCGCUGCCGCCACCGCCGCCGCCGCCGCCGCCGCCGCGCCGAGCGGAGGAGGAGGAGGAGGAGGCGAGGAGGAGAGACUGCUCCAUAAAAAUACAGACUCACCAGUUCCUGCUUUGAUGUGACAUGUGACUCCCCAGAAUACACCUUGCUUCUGUAGACCAGCUCCAACAGGAUUCCAUGGUAGCUGGGAUGUUAGGGCUCAGGGAGGAAAAGUCAGAAGACCAGGAUCUCCAGGGCCUCAAAGACAAGCCACUGAAAUUUAAGAAGGUGAAGAAAGACAAGAAGGAAGACAAAGAAGGCAAGCAUGAGCCACUACCGCCUUCAGCCCACCAUUCUGCAGAGCCAGCAGAGGCAGGCAAAGCAGAAACAUCAGAAAGUUCAGGCUCUGCCCCAGCAGUGCCAGAAGCCUCUGCUUCCCCCAAACAGCGGCGUUCCAUCAUCCGUGACCGGGGACCUAUGUAUGAUGACCCCACCUUGCCUGAAGGUUGGACACGAAAGCUUAAACAAAGGAAGUCUGGCCGAUCUGCUGGAAAGUAUGAUGUAUAUUUGAUCAAUCCCCAGGGAAAAGCUUUUCGCUCUAAAGUAGAAUUGAUUGCAUACUUUGAAAAGGUGGGAGACACCUCCUUGGACCCUAAUGAUUUUGACUUCACAGUAACUGGGAGAGGGAGCCCCUCCAGGAGAGAACAGAAACCACCUAAGAAGCCCAAAUCUCCCAAAGCUCCAGGAACUGGCAGGGGUCGAGGACGCCCUAAAGGGAGCGGCACUGGGAGACCAAAGGCAGCAGCAUCAGAAGGUGUUCAGGUGAAAAGGGUCCUGGAGAAGAGCCCUGGGAAACUUCUUGUCAAGAUGCCUUUCCAAGCAUCGCCUGGGGGUAAGGGUGAGGGAGGUGGGGCUACCACAUCUGCCCAGGUCAUGGUGAUCAAACGCCCUGGCAGAAAGCGAAAAGCUGAAGCUGACCCCCAGGCCAUUCCUAAGAAACGGGGUAGAAAGCCUGGGAGUGUGGUGGCAGCUGCUGCAGCUGAGGCCAAAAAGAAAGCCGUGAAGGAGUCUUCCAUACGGUCUGUGCAUGAGACUGUGCUCCCCAUCAAGAAGCGCAAGACCCGGGAGACGGUCAGCAUCGAGGUCAAGGAAGUGGUGAAGCCCCUGCUGGUGUCCACCCUUGGUGAGAAGAGCGGGAAGGGACUGAAGACCUGCAAGAGCCCUGGGCGUAAAAGCAAGGAGAGCAGCCCCAAGGGGCGCAGCAGCAGUGCCUCCUCACCACCUAAGAAGGAGCACCAUCAUCACCACCAUCACUCAGAGUCCCCAAAGGCCCCCAUGCCACUGCUCCCACCCCCACCCCCACCUGAGCCUGAGAGCUCUGAGGACCCCAUCAGCCCCCCUGAGCCUCAGGACUUGAGCAGCAGCAUCUGUAAAGAAGAGAAGAUGCCCCGAGGAGGCUCACUGGAGAGUGAUGGCUGCCCCAAGGAGCAAGCUAAGACUCAGCCCAUGGUUGCCGCCACUACCACAGUUGCAGAAAAGUACAAACACCGAGGGGAGGGAGAGCGCAAAGACAUUGUUUCAUCCUCCAUGCCAAGGCCAAACAGAGAGGAGCCUGUGGACAGCCGGACGCCCGUGACCGAGAGAGUUAGCUGACUUUACAUAGAGCGGAUUGCAAAGCAAACCAACAAGAAUAAAGGCAGCUGUUGUCUCUUCUCCUUAUGGGUAGGGCUCUGACAAAGCUUCCCGAUUAACUGAAAUAAAAAAUAUUUUUUUUCUUUCAGUAAACUUAGAGUUUCGUGGCUUCGGGGUGGGAGUAGUUGGAGCAUUGGGAUGUUUUUUCUUACCGACAAGCACAGUCAGGUUGAAGACCUAACCAGGGCCAGAAGUAGCUUUGCACUUUUCUAAACUAGGCUCCUUCAACAAGGCUUGCUGCAGAUACUACUGACCAGACAAGCUGUUGACCAGGCACUACCCCCAACAAUAUCCUCCCUCUCCCCCCGCCCCCACCCUGUGUGCUCAUUAGAGAGGGCAAUUGAGAGGACACUCCCAUUUUUGGUGCCAUUGAUGCCCUGUCCAUAAUAGCUUCCCUGACUUUUACACCAUCCCAACUUCCAAUCUGAAGGACUGGGAGGUGUGAUGCAGGAGAAGCUAUGGGACUCUUGGGAGAAGACUAUGGAAUUGGCCAGUGAUUAAGGCCCAGUAAAUCCAACUGUGGUAGCACAGGUCUGGCUCCACAUCAACCCAAUCCAAAACUGACAAGGAUAUUUUGCAAAAAAGGAAAGUGGCACCUGUCUGAUCCAGCUCUGACAUGGCUAGAGGUGAGUCCUAAACUGAUAGCUUAUAAACUAGCCUGAGCCACAGAAGAGUAUGGCCCAGAGUGAAGUGUCAUCAUCCGUUCACAAGGCAUGUUCCCCUAGAAGAUAAGGCUAAAGAGGUGCCAUGGAGGCAGAAGGACAAAGUACAGGCAGGCUAAGUGGAGUCAAGCCAGGCCUAGUGCCACAGAACAAGAGAGCAGUCUGUGACUAGUAAUUAAGGGGGAAGAAAGGAAAAUAUUCUUCCAAUUACUUUCCAGUUUUCCUUUAGGGACAGCUUAGAAUUAUUUGCACUAUUGCGUCUUCAUGUUCCCACUUCAAAACAAACAGAUGCUCUGAAAGCAAACUGGCUUGAAAUGGUGACACUGUCCCAUAAGCCACCAGACAUGGCAGUGUUCAGAACUACCUGUAUCUGUAUAUACCUGCGCUUGUUUUAAAGUGGGCUCAGCACAUAGGAUUCCCAAGAAGCUCCGAAACUCUAAGUGUUUGCUGCAAUUUUAUAAGGACUUCCUGAUUGCUUUCUCUCUUGCCCUUCCAUUUCUUCCUUCCUUCCAUUUCAUGCUUUCAUUUCUUCCCCUCGCUUCUAGUUGUUUCUUCUGUUCCAGGCAGCUGCAGUGCUGAACCACAUGGUUACUUGACAGCAGUCAGCUGCAGCCCUAGGAUUCUUCCUGCCCUUUAACUUCCCAUUGCCAGUGCCAGGUAUCAUAUUUAACCUUGAGCAAGAGCUGGGCCCUUUUGAGGCCUCCCUAACCUCUGUGAAGAACAAGAAGGUAGGAAGUUCUUGCUCUUGCUAAGAAAAAUGUCAAAAGGCUUUCAGACCUUAAACAAUGAGCCUUUUCACCUUCUACUCUAGAAAAGUGGACUAGAGAAUCUGAGUCACAUGUGGUAGCUGAAGGAGAUACAGAGGCCCCUAUGGCCUGCCAGAAUCAUUGCAUGGCCCAACAGGGGCUCCAUGCCCACUACCCUUGACCCUACUCAGAAAUCUAAUAUAAAACUUAGUGUGGGCAGGGGACCUGUCAGGACAGAUGCAGACCUAAGCAGGGAGUGACACUAGGGCCCUUGGCCCUUCUUCUGACAAACAUACACAUCCCAAGUCUUUUUCUAGUGGAAUUCUUAACCUCUUGCUCACUGGGGACUGGGCAACAUCAGCACAUCCCAUAUUUCAACCUCUGCUCCAUAAGUAUAGUGUUGAAUUUUAUAGACUUGACUUUGCUGUGGGGUUUUAAUUGGUCAAUUUUCAUUUGGGAUCCCAAAGUUUUAACCUCCGUUCAGGAAGUCCUUAUCUAGCUGCAUAUCUUCAUCAUAUUGGUAUAUCCUUUUCUGUGUUUACAGAGAUGUCUCAUAUCUAUCGAAAUCUGUCUGAGAAGUACCUUAUCAAAGUAGCAAAUGAGACAGCAGUCUUAAUGCUUCCAGAAACACCCACAGGCACGUCCCAUGUGAGCUGCUGCCAUGAACUGUCAAGUGUGUAUUGUCUUGUGUAUUUUCGUUAACGUUCCCCAGCUUCCUUCCUGCGGUGUAAUCAUGGAAGAGUGAAACAUCAUAGAAAUUGUCUAGCACUUCCUGGCCAGUCCUUAGUGAUCAGGAACCGUAGUUGACAGUUCCAAUUGAUAGCUUAAGAUAAAACCAUGUUUGUCUCUUAUGGAAUGGUUAGAACUAAGUGAGAGAUCUUGCCCCAUUCUGUUUGCUGAAUCAUAGUUGGACUUUCUAGUGUGUUUGUAUCCAUUUCCUUGUGCUAUAAAAGCAAACCCUGCAACCAGCUUUCUGUCAGGCAGUCCUUUUGCCUGCUCUGCUUUUGAUCCUCUUAGUCUUGCUUCUGGUUCCUCCCUGGAGAGGGAGGAGGGGUCGGAAGAGGAAUUCUGGAGGAUCCAGGAUAUGUCCUUCUGAACUCCUGCUUCUUCCAAUGACAAAAGGCCCCUACUGCCCCUCCCCAACCUGCCCCAUGCACUCAAGGACACCUUUCCAUAAUUUCACAGCACCUAGCCAGGUUGACACCAAGUUGUUUGUUGUGGUCUGCUUGGGAUUUUACCUGUUACGCUUACUUAGUCCAAUAAAAUGGACUCCGAAGUUGGGUAUCCCUCAUCUUUGGAAGACAACCUAGGCUGAUUAGAUAUUUACGUUUGGGAUUGCAGCACUUUAGGUGCUGUUUUCUUUUAUUUGGGUUUUAUCUGUAGCUCCCUCACCCCCCACCCCCACUUACCUGUAUGUAGAACUGAUUUCAAAACUGCAGGGGGUGGUAACUGCAGCUUCUUAGGGUUUUCUUCACUUCUUGCUUCUUUCCCCAUUCCCUCAUCCACAAAUAAGGGCACCACAAGUCAGUCUCCUUUAAGCAGGCAGCUUUGGUGGGGUUUUUACCGUGGAAGCCAGGGACCCUGUCAGGCUGCCUCUGCCUUGCAGUCGGGUUGACAGGAGGUUGGAAGGAAAAGCCUUAAGUCAUGGGAUUCUCACCAGCUGUGUCUGGCUUAGACCUGGAAUGUGACCUUUAUUUUGUUGUAUUUGAAUAUUGUAAAGUGUGGUUGGUACCUUAAACUGAAUAUGUGAAGAAUACAGAAACUGACCAACAGCUUUCAGAUACCUGGGGCUAGGUCUCUAAGGUCACAUCCAGUCUUCCCUACCCUGUUCUAGUUGUUAGUUACUACCUCUCCCAGAUAGAUUGCUGUAUAUCCUCCAACUAUGAUCAUCCUGGCCCAAGCUUGCCUGUUCUUGAGUCUGUCUUAACCAGUGGAACUGCUGCCCUUGGUGUGCAGUGAGUUGAGGACUCUUGGUCACAGCCAGGCUCUAGUAGUACAGCUCCUUUCUGCUGGUGCUGUAUUUCCAUAUCAAAAGGCACAGGGGAAAUGUAGAAAUACCAUCUCCCCCAGUCCAUCAGUGCCAAACAAGCCCAUGAUCCCAGCAUGGGUACAGACAACUCUGUUCAGUGCUAUCACAACAGACUAGAGGCCAUGAACAUUGGACGUGGGAACCAGAGCAACCCAAAUUGCUGCUGCUUCAUUCAGCGUUCUGUUGCUCUGACAGUGAUAAAACAAGGCAGUAACUAAAAACAGACUGCCAGGUUUGGCAAGGAAAGGAAUUUCCUUAGCUGACAGCACCUCUGGAUUUUAAAUAAAUUGUAAUAAGUGGCUCAAACCCAUCCAGGAAAAAGCAAAAGGGUUAGAACUGACCAGAUGAGACCAGCCAGAUUUCAUGCAGCCCAAAUGGAGUCCAGCUGUCUGAACUCUGCAGCACUUCUCUACUACAGUCUCCUAGAGCAUUCCAGCCAGGCUCAUCAGGCUGAGGAGACAUCACAGGUGCCAGUUCUUCAAGAAGACUUUUGUGCAUCUUUGCCCAAGAUUGUUGGUUCAGGUUAACACUACAGAUUCUAGGGCAGAUGACUGAGACUCAGAAAAAAGCAGUUCCUAAAGCCCCUGUGGACUGUGGUAUAGCAAAGUACAAAAAUUGAAGGGGGCUAGGGCAGAUGCAGCAUGCCUCAUGCCUGAGCCAAGCCCUCUGCUCCAUCCACAUCCUUUUCUGGCUCUUCCUUCCUGCUCUCUGCUUCAGUGAACCAGCCCCAAUCUGAAGAGAUUUGUUGAUUCUCUCCAUUUUUAUGUCUUUUUGUUAUAAAUUGCUAGAAUACUGCCUCCCCCAGGGUCUAAAAAUAUAUGCUAAAGGGGAAAACUUGAACACUGAAACCAGUUCUGAACAAUUUAAAAGGAAAACCUGGGAAACAUUUAACAAAAAAUUAUAUUUUAAUGUUUAUGAAUAAGAGGAGGCUUUUGAAAAAAAAAUGUUGAUCUAUAAAUACUUAACUUUUGGCUUGAGGUGUCUAAUGAGUGAACUGAGCUCACAAUGGGAACUCAAGGCUGAAGCCUCCUGCAUCAGAGGAGGUAGAACCAGGAGCCUCUUGAGAUUUGAGGUGUUUUAGCAUUGGAAAGCCACUCUUUGGGUAGCUGACUCCAGAAACCACUUCUGACCUUGUCAUUUGGUAUGGAGGUUAGUGGUCUGCUAGAUGCCAAAGCUGCAUGAGACCAGCUCUUGGUUUAUAAAUUUGAACAGUCAGUAACCUAGAAGGCCCAGCACAAAAUGCUCUCUUCUUAACUGAGCCUGCCCCAGCACUACUGCACAAAUUAGGGAGGGUCUGCUUCCUACAGAGCAUCCCUCCCUGGGCACCCCCUUCCCAUCCUUUGCACUCUACCUACCUGACCUUCAGGAUCUUGGCACAUAUGAAAUGGCUGUGUAGCAAGCACUUUGGCAUGCCCUCCUAAACUUACCCCAGAGUUUCUCCCUGCCUCCUUAUGCCUGUCCACCUGCCUUCUGGGGAGGUGUUAGAACCCAUAGAAUGGAGAGGAGAAAGAAAAGAGGAAGGGGCAGGCAGGUAGUAAAAAGGCUCUGGGAGGAAAGACAGCCUCCUAGGCUUUGCACAUCAGGACUUAGCCCCUCAUGGGAACUAAGUGCCAUCUUGGAGUUUAAGAACAUUUGGACAAGUUGCAAAUGACCUUUGCUCCUUGCUCCUCUCACCUUUUAUCAGGCCCUGCUUAGCACUGAGAGCAAAUGCGCUGAAAAGGCAAAGAGGUUUGGCUCCUGCCCACUGAUAGCCCUCCUCCCUGCAGUGUUUGUGUGUCAAGUGGCAAAGCUGUUCUUCCUGGUGACUGAUUAGAUCCAGUAACUUAAAAGAUUUGUAUGCAUAGGUCUGCUUUGACUCUUCUAUUCUGAGCUUUUGAUUUGUUUUUCACUUUUGCUUUUAGUUUUCCUAUUUUUAUUUUAUGCACCAACUAGACACACAAAGCAGUUGAAUUUAUAUAUAUAUAUAUAUAUCUGUAUAUUUCACAAUUAUAAACUCAUUUUGCUUGUGAUGCCACACACACAAAACCCUUUUAAAAUUAUACCUGUUGCUUAAUUACAAUAUUUCUGAUAACCAUAGAGUAGGACAAGGGAAAAAUUUUAAAAAGAAAAAAAAAA